GUUGCUAUGGCACCGGGAGGGCGUCCGGCUGUGGACGCGGCCCGCUGCGGUGUGAGGCAGCAAGCCCGAGGCGCUGAAUGGAGCCCUGCGGGACUGGCGGCGGGGCGGUGCAGAGGCAAAUACCCCUCGGAGGACUCCAGGACAGCGCGGGUGGGACGUGGUGCGCUGCUGCCGUGGAUAGAGCUUUACCAUUUCAUUUUGAGCAAGAUUUAGCAGAAGAACGCCAGGCAUUGAAAGAAGAUCAAAAAAUAUGUCGGAGUAGGGCACAGAAAUAUUCAAUAGAGACAAACAGAAGAAGAAGAGCCUUUGAAGAAAGACAAAAGCAAGCUGAAGAGAAAGAACAAAGAUUUAGACAACAAGUUCUGCUGCAGAGGAAAAUGAAACUUCAGGAAGCAACUGAUAAGUUCCAGCGUGCUCAUCUGCCUUUUUCUCAGCACAAACAAAUAGUCCAGACAAAAGCAGCCUCUCAGUUAGAAGAAGCUCUUGAACAAAUUAAAGGAUCAGUUUUAACACCAGGCUGCUUGCCCAGCAGAAACAAACCCAACUUCAGAACCGCAGAUGACACUUCAUCCUCAUCAGCAUCUAGAAACAGUUUUUGCCAUCAGAAGCAGAUUUCAGCAAUGGUUGGCUGGGAUAAAACAAUACAAGAGAGCAGUAGAACAAACAUGGAUAGUAACCAACUUCUCUUCCAGAAAAAUCUGAAAGAAAUGCAACAGCUCCUUGAAAAACAGCAUCUCAGCAAUGUGGAGAAUUUUCAUCAAGAAGUCAAGAAAACAGAUGAUUCAGGAAGCGUGUUAAGCCUCGACAGUCUUGAGGCUGGAGAACAAAGUGGAAAUUACACAACACCAAGUGAAUCAUCUUUGACUGCACCGUGUGACUGUACCCUCUACAAUCCAGACAAAUCACUGACCAGGAAUAAUGGUUUGCUUUAUACAGCUCAAAGUACUUCUUCUAAAAAUAUGCAUCUAAAUAAUUGUGUGAGAAAUGUAGCUUCGCAAUACUACCACAACUUACCUACUCAUGAUCUUUUAGCUAAACAUAAUGUUCUAACUCCUGCUGAACAUGUAAACACUUCAGAGGAGGAAUCAACUGCUUCUGACAGAUCUGGAAAAAAUACUGCAGAGUUCUCUACCUCUGGUAAGCAAGAAAUCUCUGUAAGCAAUGUGUUUAGUUUUCUGCAAAAUAUAAAAGAAGAAAGAAGCAAGCCAUCUUCUGGAACCACUUACACAUUAGCCACUUGUCAUGCUGUUUUGAAUCCCAGCAAAACCUGGGCCAGCCCUGAGUCUAUUCCAGGAGAAGGAGUUCAGGAUCUGAUGCAAGAUCAGAGUUUUAAAAUGACCCCACAAAAAAGAAAUGCAUCUGUGCAAACCUCUAGUCAACCUAUUGCAACAUCUAAAAUCUCAUUUCCUAAUCAGGGAUGUUCCACUGGCAUUCCCAGCACAGCUGAUACAUUACCAAAGGACAAAAACAUCAGUAUGGAGUUUCUAAAAUAUACCUCAGGAAAAAUUACUGUAACAAAGGAAGAAAAUAUUAAAGGUAUUGAUUACAUUAAUCCAGGAUCAUCUUUAUUUCAGGACAUACCAAAUGCCUCAGUUCUGUGUGAUGUUAAACAACAGAAUAACAAAGAGGAAGAAAAUGGAAAUAUGAUUGAAACUAUGUCACUGCUGUCUGAUACAGAGUUCAGAUCUGGCACUCCUGCACAGCACAAAAACCUGAAAAACAAUAUUCUUGAAAGAGAAAGAGAAAAGUUUCUUGGUAGUAUCUUAAAGAAGGAUUGUAAAUAUGAACCCAGUCAUUUCAAAGCUGUGGUUAUGAACCACGGGAUCAGUUUUGGAACACAGCCCAUGUCUUCUAUCAGAGACAGUAUAGAACUGGCAAAAAUUAAAAAGAAAAGUGCAGAAAACAACAAAUACAAUAGAAAAAUCAAAUGGUGUGAUCAAAUUAACCAGAUAAGAAUAGAAAAUAAUGAAAAAUGCUAUGAAGAAAACACCAGUGAAAUAUCUUCUGCACAGCUGCAAUAUGUUCAAGCUAUAAAUAAUGCUCCUAAGAUUAAUUUAAGUAUUGUUGCUCAACCUUCAAACCCGAUGUUCAUAAAAAAUCACCAGGAAAACUCUCAUAUAUCAAAACCAAACGUUAAUACUGAAGAAUCAAAUAGAGAAUGCACAUCUCUGAAUAUGUUUAUGUCUACUGGAUCUGUUUCUGCAAAAAAAGCCUGGAUGGUAUCAAAUGAUGAAGAAAGUAAACCAGCAGUACAUGGUAAUAAUUCUAAAAUUAAUGAAGGUAGUCAGCUGAAAAAUAGGGCAGAAAUAGCUAGAAAAACAAUCUCUGCAAGACCCCAGCCAAGAUUUAUGACUGAGAAGAAAACAGGCACUAUAAUCCAAGCACAGUUGGCUGCAGAAACCAACAAAACUCGAAAAUCUCCAGGGAAAUUCCUAGCACCUCACCCACCAUCCAUACCUCUGCCAAGAAGCAGAAGUGGUGAAAAUGCAGCCAGCCCUGGGUGUCAGCCACUCCUGCCUUCAAGUCUUCCAGCAACCGCUACAAGCAGGAAUGAUUUAAAUGAAAGGUAUGUUGUGUUAGCAGAUCAGGUUUUAAAUAGAAACGGUACAGAAUACAGUCAGAGUAUUACUUGUCAUUCUGACUUGUCCACUGUGAUUUUUACACCGGGCUGCAGCGUGGCCAAGCACGGACCUUGGGAAAAAAAUACUUGUUCUGCAAAGAGUGUUCAGAUGAGCGCCUGUCAGGAUCAUUCAAUAACCUGCACUGGAAGAAGACCUGUUAACACAGAAAGUGGAUUACAUCGCCAUCAUAUCCCAGCAGCUGGAAAAACAAGUACCUCCCGGCAAGGAGUACAUAGUGCCCAAGAUCCAAAAGGCUCUGCUACUGUUUCAGAGAGCACCAUUCAGUUUCUCAUGGCAGAAAAACUAGCAAGUGGACCUCUUGCAGAGGAUGAAAUCCUGGCAGCCUUGGGAAGUGUGCAACCAGCCAGCUGGUCCUUAUUGCCUAACAGGGCUCCGUGUCCAGGCAUGAGUGCACUUUCAGUAGAAGAAAUGAGGAUUUUGCAGUCUCUUGAUUGUCUCAAUCAAAGGCUACAAAAUGUUCAAGAAGCCAUUACUAGAAACCUAUCUGCUUCAAAUAUUUUGCAGAUAAUCACCCCUUUAAGCGUUCAGCAGUGUAUCUCCUCCCCUUUGGCACACGCGGCGACAGCCUCCCAGCAGUAGCACAGUGCCUCAGGUAGCCGUCAACUGCAGCUGUAUAGAAGAUUCUGACAGUGUCUGCUCCAGGAUAUUGCACGUGUACAUACUUUCUACGUAAUGCAUGUACCAUCUGACACUACAAAAUUAGCAACAAAAUAAAGAUGA